CAAUUGGCAAUCAAAAAACAAUUGCUAUUGGGAACUGUUCGGAAAGCAAACCAUUGGAAUUUUAUUUUUUCAUUAUUUGCGACGGACAGCGCUACAAAACAGACGAAACGAGAAUAAUGUAGCUUCUUAGUGGAAAAUGGCGAAAAAUUUAAAUUUUGAUACCGAACACAUUCCUAGGGCAACCGGUUCACCGCCCACAACAUCAAAUUCCAACACUAGCAACACACAACAGCUGCAACAAAAGACACCAACAACCGGCACGCGCAUCACCAACUAUAGCACAGCCUGUGCCGGCUGCUUGAAUGCCUUGAAUUUGAGUCGCGAGGAGUUCGUCAUUGCGUUGGGUCAAGAAUGGCAUAGCGAUUGUUUCCGCUGCUCCGUGUGUGAUGCACAUUUGCACAAUUGGUAUUUCGAGAAGGACGGUUUACUCUUCUGUCGUGACGAUUACUAUCAACGCUUUGGUGAAUGCUGUCAACAAUGCAGCGCCAUCAUAACGGGACCAGUAAUGGUAGCUGGCGAUCAUAAAUUUCAUCCAGAAUGUUUUUGUUGCAGCGCGUGUGCUGUAUUCAUUGGUGAGGGUGAAGCGUACGCUCUGGUGGAACGUUCCAAACUCUACUGUGGCAAUUGCUACAAACAACAAGAAACACACACAGUUGCGGCUGAUUUAGAUGCGUUCAGCGCCAGUGUAACCAUUGAUGGUGGCAGCAGCAACAACAAGCAAACGAAAACAAUUAGUGGUAGUGCGAAACCCAUACAUUCCAUACGUCUCGUAGAGAUACCAAAAGAUGCCGCACCGGGUCUACGUCUGUCUGUCGAUAAUGUGAGUGUGCAACGUCACUAUUUGGAUGGCGGUAGUGGUAGUGGCAGCGGCGGUGCAUUUCGUGCCACUUCGCCAACACACGCAAAGCGCUUAGACGGUCCACUCGAAGUUUGUCCGGCCGUGCGCAUAUCUGACAGAUACAUUUGUAGAAUAUAUGGUCGCCUGGGGAAAUAUGUUUUCUCCUUUAUAACAUCGGUUAUCGAUCAGUGUUGUGGUAGCGAUUAUAGAAUCGACGUUAAUUUAGCCAAUCUGCACAUCGGCGAUCGCAUACUUGAGGUGAACGGCACGCCCGUUAACGACACAUCCAUCGAACACAUUGACAAAUUGAUACGCAGCACCGAGAAAAUACUACAGCUCACCGUCGAACACGACCCUGUGCAAGUGUGUCGCAGCUGCAGUCAAGCAGACAUACUGCAACGGCCCACAUCGUACAGUGACCUGCCGCCAUUGGCCACAUCGGCGUCAAGCAUCGAAGUGUACGGACGUCGCAGCGUCACCGAUUCGCUCACCUGCAGCACCAGCACCAGCACAAUCGCGCCGCACAGCAACAGCAGCGAUUGCGGUAGCGGUGGCAGCUCGCCCACACGUCUCACCAAGCUCGACAGGGAGCGCAUUUACAAGCGGAAGGAUGAGGGUUAUAUAAGCGGCACGAAGACACGACAACUGCGUAAAUGUAAGAAUCUGCAUAUGAUUGCGAGUGAACAGCCAACGCUGCCACACGCAGGCUCCACACAUUCCAUUGGGCCGACCAUGGGUGGCGCGGUUACAGCGAACGCCGCCAAAACUGACGGAACUGCAACGGACACGACACAAUUGGGUAUGCGUUUGCGUGAGAAGGAGCGCUGCUCCAGCAUGUCGAAGCUGCUGGAUGAACAACAUGCGCCGACGGAGCAAAUUUAUGAUUUGUCGCGCACGAAAUCGUUUCGUGUGGAGCCCAAACCGCAACGCAUCUUUCGCGCCUCCGAUCUGGUGCUGGGCGAACUGCUCGGCAAGGGUUUCUUCGGGCAGGUGUACAAGGUGACGCAUCGUCUGACGAAGGAGGUGAUGGUGCUCAAGGAGUUGUAUCGCGUGGAUGAGGAAGCGCAGCGUAAUUUUCUCAAAGAGGUAGCAGUGCUGCGUUCGCUGCAUCACAAGAAUGUGUUGCGCUUCAUUGGCGUGCUCUACAAGGACAAGAAACUGCAUUUGGUCACUGAGUAUAUAGCGGGCGGUUCGCUGAAGGAGCUCAUACACGAUUCGGGCUUGCCACUUACAUGGCCACAACGCGUCUCAUUCGCUAGGGAUAUCGCCUGCGGCAUGAGUUAUCUGCAUCGCAUGAACAUCAUACAUCGUGACCUGAAUUCGCUGAACUGUUUGGUGCGCGAGGACAAGUCGGUGAUUGUGGCGGACUUCGGUUUGGCGCGCAUUAUCACCGCGCCGUUCUUCAGCGCCGGCAGCAGCAGUGGACCGGCAGGUGGUACUGCGCUCGGUAGUAGCAGCAGCAAUGAGCGUUGGUCCGGCGGCGCGUGUCUGAGUCCGAAUGGCACUUUGGGACGCAGCAAGAGUCGACAGCGGCGCCAGCGUUACACGGUUGUGGGCAAUCCCUACUGGAUGGCGCCGGAAAUGAUGAAAGGACUGAAGUAUGAUGAGAAAGUGGAUGUAUUCUCGUUCGGCAUUAUGCUGUGUGAGAUUAUUGGACGCGUGCAAGCCGAUCCAGAUUUCCUGCCGCGCACCUCCGAUUUCGGCUUGAACCAGAAGGUAUUCCGCGAGAAGUUUUGCCAACAGUGCCCAGAGGCCUUUUUCAAAAUCGCCUUCCUUUGCUGUGAACUCAAUCCUGAUAAAAGACCGUCCUUUGAAAUACUCGAGAUUUGGUUGGAAAGUCUGCUGGCCUCCAGUGCCAUGAAUCAACCACUGCCCGCUGAUCUACUGUACGAUAUAGAAAACUAUCAGGGCACCAUAAGCAUCAGCAGCACGCCGGAUGGCAUGCUCACGCCGAAGUCGAAUCGCAGUCGCGAUGAUCUGGACGAUUUGGGCGCGCAGCGCAAGCAAACGCCACCGAAGCCCGCGCUUGCUGUGACACAGCCCAGUGUAUGCGCCGAAAGCUUUAAAGACGAAAGUGAAUUCCACGAUGUGACGAAAAUGGAAGGCAAAGAGAAUGCGGUUAUACUGCGCAGAGAUAUGCCGAAAUCUCCACACUUGGGUAAAGACUUCUCGCCCACUGGUGAGCGUAUACGCGAUAGCAUGCGCGCACGCCGCCGCCAACGGCUCAUGCAGGCCGCGCAACAACGUGGCGUGACGCCAGAGAAUAAGAGUACCGAGCGCGUCUUGGAAGCGGUGAAGCAGACGCUGCAGAAUGGUGCGCGCGGCGUUGCGCCACUGAGUAGCUGUAAUGGUAGCGGCGCGAAGAAGAGUCGUCCGUAUGGCGAGAAGGGUUUUCUAUUGGACAUCAAUCGUGAUGGCGAUUUGCGUUUGAAUAAUGUGAAGGAUUUGAAUUAUUGCUCAGAUUUCGACUCUAGCUGCGACACGAGUCUCAACUAUCACGAGGUGAACGCGCCGGAUGAGUUGAAAGCGGUGGAGUGUGAAAUGCCGGCGGCGCAUUUGAUAAAUCGACCGGCAGUUUUGCAAGAAGAAGAGCACGCUGAAGAUGAAGUACAAAGCGACGAGGCGAAAGAGUCAGCGCCUGUGCAGACGGCGGUAGAUGCUGAAAUGCAGUUGAGCGUCACAGCAAGCACCAGCGCGCAAACACCGACUGCCAGUGCGCCCACUGAAGUGGUGGAUGCAGCGACGCUGAGCACCAUGCAGCAAAUACAGAAGAAGAUCGCCGCGAAAUCGUACAAAAACGCGCUCGACGACAUACGCACGAAGCUGAAUUUGUGUCGCAACAAAUUCGAAACAAUCGACGCGGCGAAUCGGCGCAAUUUCAGCAAUUCACAAAACUCAAUGAAGACCUUCUUUCGCUCGCGCAACUCGCGCUCCAUUGUCACCAGUCCGACAGAGCCGGCGAACGCCAGUGAGAGUGUGUACAAAACGCCACCCGAGGCAUUAAAAAUGUUCCAGCGUCUGGAAGCAGCAAGCGCUGCCGCCUCACCCGCCGGCACGCCGACCAGUGAGCUUGCGCGCCUGCCUGGAUCUGGAAACGUCGCGUCAAGCAGCAGCAGCACCUAUCGCAUUAAUCAAACGCCGAUAUUUGGACGCAAGCAGCCACCAAAGCAAGUCGAAUUGUACACACCGCACUCUGAGUCACUGGAGAAUCUGCAUACUGGGCUGCCGCCGAUGACUGCGUUAACACCGGUAGCAACGCGUAAAGAUAAAAACAGUCCGGGUGGCGGUAGCGGCAAGCGCGCGAAAUCGCCCAAACGUCCAGUGAGCACAUUUCGUAGUUACCUCAAUGAGGCGGCAGCGGAGGAGGUUGUGGAGAGCGCGUCCGCGCGUUUGGCUGCAACAACGGUUACUACGACGCCUGCUGUAACGCCGGUGGAGACGACACCGAAAAAGAAUCGUCGCCUCAAUAGCGGCAAAGAGAGUACAAAUGAACAGCCUUGGCAGGCGGAAAAGCCAGAAAAGGUAGCGGUGACCAGUAAGAGCCGUAUCUUUGGCUUGCGUAGUUCAACGAAGCCGUCCGCGACGACAACGACGACGCGUGAACCGACACAGGCCUCGCAACGGCGUACACUUUCGCCCACGAAGGCCAGCGACGCGCGUCGACUGGCGAACAGACAUGAUGUGCAAAACACAGCACCCCCAACCCAACAGCAACGCCUGCGUCAAAGUCUUGCCAACAACAGUAGUCAGCAUAGUAAUUUUACAACAACAACAACACCUGCGAGCGUAAAAAGUACAAGCCGGCUUACAAUACUCAGUCCCGAAAAAGUGCAUCGCCUCAAUGCGAAACUAACCGAUCAGAAAGUGAAAGUCAAAAGUAGCGAUGUAAAAGCUACAGCCGUGAGCAACACAGUGGUAGCCACAGCCACGGCGAAUAGCAGCGCCGAACAAGCAUUACAAUUGGAACGACGUAAGCGUAAGCAACUCUCUACGCGAUAUUGAUCUGAUAUUUACGAAAGCAAUAGACUAAAACGAGCGCGUACCGAGCGUAUAAUAAUUGUAGAUUUAAAACGAAACAAAACGAUAAUAAGUACAGUAGGGUGUGUAAAAGUUGAAUUUUUUCGAUUCGAACUUGAACUGCAUAUUCGAAUAUAGCAUGGAAAGUUGUAAGCAGUUUAUAUGAAAAGUGUAUUAGUUUAAAAAAGACAAGCAUAAAAAGACAAAUUGUGUAUAAAUAACGGUAUGUAUGUAAAUUUGUAUGCUAUAUACAAUAUAGUUGAGGAAUGUAAGCGUUAGACGAGCGCCAUACGAAUAUAAUAUAGGUAAACAUUUGCAAUUUUAUUUAAAUAACAAUUAAUUGUAAGCGUUUAUUAAACUGUAAGUUGUAAAGAGAUGAAAAGUUGAAAAUAAUAUCUAGUUGUUAGUGGGAAAAAAGUGCCUAAACUAUGUAGGAAUCUAUAAUGCAAUAUGCUUUUUACACGAUUAAUGUACGAAAAAGUGCGAAAAAAAAAUUUUGGCCAGCAAGUACUAAAAAGGCGUAUAUUUGUAUACAAAAUAAUAAAUUACGAUGUGAAGAAACAGUUAGAAAACACUUAAUCACUACCUCACAGAUUACUAACAAACAACUUGACUCAAUACAAAAUGUACUAAAAUAUAACAAAAACAAAAAAAAAACAAAAACGCCACUAACUUUUCGCGCUUUUUAUUUGCUUCCAACUGUGCGUUAUUUGUUGCCAGCUUUUAACUAGUAAUUAAAAAAAUAAAGAAAUUAAAUAUAUAAAGUAAACAGCUGAAUUUCCUUAAUGUAUCGCUAACCACCUACACUAUAGUGCCAUUCGAAAUGAGAAAACUGAAAACGAAAAA